GUUGGGUAUCUCCUCCAUUGUGACGCCUUGAGGAACUCCCUCCUACGGCGCCAUCUCAAGACAAUUCCUGAUCUCGAUCGGCUCCGCAUGAAGAUGGUGCAAGUGGCCUCCAGACAAGGAUGGGGCCAUGAGAAAAUAUCCCUCGAAGAGCUCGUCCGACUGUAG